AUGGGAGUCUUCACCCGCCAGAUGGCCGGCUCCCAGGCUGCCACAUCUGUGAUCAGAGUCAUCGACGUGGACUGGCAGCGCCCCAGGAACGGCGCUGCCCACCACACGCUGGAGUACCCGGGCUCUGAGCUGGUGGUGCGCCGGAGCCAGAUGUUCUCCUUAACCCUGGAGCUCAGCCGAGCGCUGGACAGUGAGGAGAGCCUCAUCUUCACGGUGGAGACAGGCCCCCAGGCGUCGGAGACCCUGCGCACCAAAGUCGUGUUCCAGACCACGGAGCUGGAGCUGAGCGACACCUGGCUAGCGGUGACAGAGGCCCAGACGGAGAACACGGUGACCGUCAGCCUGGCCAGCCCUCCCGAUGCCGUCAUCGGCCGCUACCUGCUGAGCGCCAGGGCCUCCUCUCGCCGCAAACACAGCGACCGGAAGCUGGGCGAGUUUGUUCUCCUGUUCAACCCGUGGUGUCCAGAGGAUGACGUGUUCCUGUCCUCGGAGGAGGAGAGAAGGGAGUACGUGCUCAACGACAGCGGGAUCAUCUUCCGAGGCGUGGAGCGGCACAUCCGGGCCCAGGGCUGGAACUACGGGCAGUUUGAAGAAGACAUCCUGAACAUCUGCCUCUCCAUCCUCGACCGAAGCCCCAGUUUCCAGGACGACCCGGCCACCGAUGUGUCCCGCCGCCACGACCCUAUCUACAUCACCAGGGUUGUCAGCGCCAUGGUGAACAGCAACAAUGACCGGGGCGUGGUACAGGGCCAGUGGCAGGGCAAGUACGGCGGCGGCACUAGCCCCCUGCACUGGCGUGGCAGCGUGGACAUUCUACGCAAGUGGUUCAAGGGCAGGUUCAAGCCCGUCAAAUACGGCCAGUGCUGGGUCUUCGCUGGAGUCAUGUGCACAGUCCUUAGGUGCUUGGGGAUCGCAACUCGGGUUGUGUCCAACUUUAACUCCGCCCAUGACACGGACAGGAACCUGAGCGUGGACAAAUACGUGGACUCCUUCGGGCGGACGCUGGAGGAUCUGACGGAAGACAGCAUGUGGAAUUUCCACGUCUGGAACGAGAGCUGGUUUGCCCGCCAGGACCUGGGCCCUUCCUACAAUGGCUGGCAGGUUCUAGAUGCCACCCCGCAGGAGGAGAGCGAAGGUGUGUUCAGGUGCGGCCCCGCCUCUGUCACAGCCAUCCGGGAGGGCGACGUGCACUUGGCCCAUGAUGGCCCCUUUGUGUUUGCGGAGGUCAACGCUGACUACAUCACCUGGCUCUGGCACGGGGAUGAGAGGCGGGAGCGUGUGUACUCGGACACCAAGAAAAUAGGCCGCUGCAUUAGCACCAAGGCCGUGGGCAGCGACUCCCGCGUGGACAUCACAGGACUCUACAAAUAUCCGGAGGGGUCACGGAAGGAGAGGCAGGUGUACAGCAAGGCGGUGAGGAAGCUGUUCGGCGUGGAAGCCUGGGGGAGACGGACCCGAGUGCGCAGGGCCGGUGGCCGAGGCCUCUGGCGAGAUGACCUCCUGGAGCCGGCCACCAAGCCCAACAUCACCGGCAAGUUCAAGCUGCUGGAGCCUCCCGUGCUGGGCCACGACCUGAGUGUGGCCCUGUGCUUGGCCAACCUCACCGCGAGGGCACAGCGGGUCCGGGUCAACCUGAGCGGGGCCACCAUCCUCUACACGCGCAGGCCGGUGGCAGAGAUCCUGCACCAGUCACACGCGGUGAGGCUGGGGCCGGAGGAAGAGAAAAAGAUCCCAAUCACAAUAUCAUACUCUCAAUACAAGGACGACCUCACUGAGGACAAGAAGAUACUAUUGGCUGCCAUGUGUCUUGUCACCAAAGGGGAGAAGCUCCUGGUGGAGAAGGACAUCACCCUGGAGGACUUCAUCACCAUCAAGGUCCUGGGCCCAGCUACAGUCGGAGUGGCCGUUGCGGUGCAGGUGAUAGUGGUUAACCCACUCUUUGAGCAAGUAAAGGACUGUAUGCUGAUGGUGGAAGGCAGUGGCCUUCUCCAGGGACAGCUCAGCAUCAAAGUGCCUGUCUUGGAGCCCCAGGAGAGAGCCUCAGUCCAGUUCAACAUCACCCCUUCCAAGAGUGGCCCCCGGCAACUGCAGGUGGACCUCAUCAGCCCUCACUUCCCAGACAUCAAGGGCUUUGUGAUCGUGCAUGUGGCCGCAACCAAGUGA